ACAGAGCCGAAUUGUCUCUGAGAACUCUCACCUUCUAGACAAAUAGAGAGAGAGAGAGAGAGUCAUAAACCCUAGUUUCACCUCCGAACUCACCUCUGUGUAUUCAACAAUGGAGACGAACAAAGACUCAAUAGUGGAUGUGAGAUCAGUGGUCGAAGCUAUAUCUUCAGACGACAAUGACGCUCCUCUUUACCAGGUCGAAAGCCUUUGUAUGCGUUGCCGCCAAAACGGCACAACGAGGUUUUUAUUAACUUUGAUUCCGCACUUCAGAAAGAUCUUGUUGUCAGCCUUUGAGUGUCCACAUUGUGGUGAGAGGAACAAUGAAGUGCAGUUUGCUGGUGAGCUCCAGCCCCGAGGGUGUCAUUAUCAAUUGAACUUUCCACCAGGUGAUCAAGAGAUGCUCAAUCGGCAAGUAGUGAAAUCUGACACGGCCACUAUUAAGAUUCCUGAACUGGAUUUUGAGAUUCCUCCAGAGGCUCAGCGUGGAUCUUUGUCAACGGUGGAAGGGAUAUUGUUACGAGCUGCGGAUGAAAUAGAGGCCCUUCAAGAAGAAAGAAAGAAAGUGGAUCCCCAAUCUGCUGAAGCAAUUGACCGGUUCUUGCCAAAAUUGAGGGCUUGUGCAAAAAGCGAGUCAUCCUUUACAAUCAUUCUUGAUGAUCCUGCUGGCAAUAGUUUCAUUGAGAACCCGUUUGCUCCAUCUCCGGAUCCUUCAUUGACAAUUAAGUUCUAUGAACGAACUCCUGAGCAACAAGCAUCACUGGGGUACGUUGUCGACCCGUCACUUGGGGGAGAACAUCGUGAUGAAGCUUUAUCAGAGGAACUAAAUAGUACUGGUGAUCAAACUAGAAGAGAACCGCAUGGAUUAAUUGGAGCUGCAGCUGGUCAGCGGGCUAUUGCUCAGGGUAAUAGUGCAGAAUUUGCUGAAUCUUUGUUUCGGUACUCUGCACCAGAAGAGGUGAUGAGCUUCCCAUCAACAUGUGGAACCUGUGCAGCCAAGUGUGAGACUCGAAUGUUUGUCACCAAUAUUCCAUACUUCCGAGAAGUGAUCGUCAUGGCAUCCUCUUGUGAUGCUUGUGGGUACCGCAAUUCUGAGUUGAAGCCUGGUGGCCGUAUUCCCCAAAAAGGAAAGAAAAUUACAGUUCUUGUGAAGAACAUUAAUGAUCUAAGCCGUGAUGUGAUAAAGUCAGAUACUGCUAGUGUAGAAGUUCCAGAGCUUGACUUGGUGCUGACAAGUGGAACAUUGGGCGGAGUUGUGACUACUGUUGAAGGUCUGAUCACUAAAAUUAGUGAAAAUCUUGAGAGAGUACAUGGAUUUACUUUUGGGGACAGUCUUGAUGAUAGUAAGAAAAGCAAGUGGCUAGACUUCAGAGCAAGGCUUAACAAGCUUCUGAGUGUGGAAGAUCCGUGGACAUUGAUCAUUGAUGAUGCCCUGGCUAAUUCUUUUGUCACACCGGCAAUUGACGAUGUUAAAGAUGACCAUCAGUUAUCAUUCGAGGAAUAUGAGAGGUCGUGGGAGCAGAAUGAGGAGUUGGGUCUGAAUGAUAUUGACACCUCUUCAGCCGACGCUGCAUACGAGUCGACUGAUGCUACACGAAAGGAGGGAACAACUGUAUGAAAUUUUCUUGCUGUUUCCAUGUUUUCCAAUACAAGUGAAAGCACAUGCGCCUAGUCCUCCUUAUCUAUCAUUUUCAAGUUGUACGAGUUUCCUAUUUUCAAGUUGAAACAGUUUUGUUUUGUAUUUGUUUUUUGUGUUUUUAAAGGAAUCAAGUUGUAAAAACACGUGGGACAAACCCUCGUGGUAGUUUGUAUCUUGUUAGAUAACUGAUGUUACUUUAUGAGAGCACUCUAUAGUUUCUGUUUGGCUUCA